AUGCUUUGUUUUUUAUUGGGCCUUUCUCAGUCAGGAAAAUAUGAAUCCCUAAUUGCAAAAGCUAAACAUGAUGCAUACGAGAAACCUAGACUGUUAAGAGCAUCUGCAAAGCUUCAAGAUCUACAACCAGGUACAUAUUCUUCCAAUGGCUUUGAAUAUACAAUUCGCUAUCCAAUUACAGGUGAUUUAUCAUCAGAUGUAUUAGGGUUUGCUAUGGAAGCAUCAACAAUGGCUGUAGUUAAAAAGUCUCCGAAAAUUACAAAAUUAAACACAGUUUUUUCAGAUUCUGCACAACAACAAGUAUACAGAUUAAAAGGAGUACUCGAAUCAGAGAACGAAGUUGAUGUUUACGAGGUCGAAAACAUUGAACCAUUAGAUGUAAUUUCAAAUAUUAAAUACAACGCAUCUAAGGACUCAUUUUUCAAGAGAGACUUCAACAGUUCACUCAAAUGGAAGGAAACUCCAGAUCCUUUCUUUGAUGGUCGUCCAGAAUAUAUAAAUCCAGAAAAUGAUUACAUGAAAUUCGGUGCAGGAGCUUACAUUAACACAGAAGUAUCUCUUGAUUUCGAUCUAUCAUUGAAAAACAUCUCAAUGACCGCUCAUAUCCAAACAAAAGGCGUUUUUGGCGCAUCAAUUAAUAUUUCUCUUGCAAAUGACGCAUUUAAGAUGCCAAACACAUUCAGCAAGAAUAUUACAAUACCAAAUGGUCUUUCUUUCAGUAUCCUUGGCGUCAAUAUCGCUCUUAAAACAGAAUUUUUCUCAAUUUUAAAGUUCGACACCAACUUCUACAAUGUUCCAGAGAGUAUUGAUAUCUACCGUGGUUACAUUAUCACAAUGGACCGAACGAUAUCUAUAAUUAAUGGAAAAUUCAUUUCCCAACCAACAAAAUUUAAUUUGGAACAAGUUGGUUCGAAAUCUGAUGUUGUUGAGCUUGCAAAAUCAUUUGAUGGGUCACAUCUUAUCUUUUCUCCAUCAGCAUCCCUAGGAAUUGACAUUUCUUUGAAUGCAGGAUUGAAACAAUACAUAAGUACAUCGAUUACACUUGUUCCGAGGAUAUUUUUCGAAAUGUCAUUCAACAAGGAACAGUGUAGAGCACCUUAUCUAUACGGAUACAUUAAUCCGAGAGUAGAUUUGUUAUAUAAUUUCUCAGGCUUCAAGCCGUUGGGCUUUAAUGUGAUGGAACCCAUGGGUAAGAUAUGGAAUCUAUACGAAUUUCAUCACGACGAUGUUUGUCUUUUCGGAUCUCGUGAUAAUUCGGAAAAUCUCAAAUCGGAAUUGUAA